AUGAAUAUCACCAAACAUGCAAAUGACCAUCACCACGUAAAGCACAUCACUGCUCUGAAGGAUAUAAACUCGACUGCCUUAGUCCUCAGUGAUGAUGUCACUAAAAUUAGUGAAACAGAGCCCUGGCCAAAAUCUCGAGUAAAGCACGCCGUAUGCGAAUGUGAUGGCUUUUUGUAUUUAUUUGGCGGAAGGAACCUUAAUGUACCUUUAAAAGAUUCAUGGAGAUAUUGUUUGAAAACAGAGAAGUGGGAGGAGUUAAAUUUGAUUGGCAGCAGGCUUCCCCAUCUCGAAGGCCACACGGCGACAGUUGACAAUAGUAUCAUUUACUUAUUUGGAGGGAGUUUCUGCAAUAAUGUUAUUUGGAAGAUAGAUACCAAGUCCAUGAGAUGUGCACCGCUAUAUCCUGAUGGCCAAAACAACAAUAGUUCAGCAAUUCCAAAGAACAGAAAAGACCACACAGCCUGUGUGUACAAAAAUCAUCUGUUUAUCUUUGGUGGAUCAAUCGACUUGUUGGGGCCGACGAACGAACUCUGGUCAUUCGAUUUAGCACAUCCCUGCAAUGAUGAAUCGACGUCAUGGCAGUUACUAUUUCCCGUCAGAUUAGGCAAUAAUUGUAGCAAUAAUAAUUCUAACUCUUACCAAUCACAAAUUUAUCAACCUCGUGAAAUGAGUUUAAAAAAUGACACAUCUGCAGAUUUCAAACCCCAAAAUAAUAUCACUAAUAAUAGUAAUUACAGAAAAGAGCACAUCCCUAAACAUGGACCCCAGCCUAGAAUUAGGCAUUCGUGUGUUGUCAUCGACAGUAGCAUGUGGAUAUAUGCUGGCGAAUGCAAUGAGAGCGUUUAUUCAGAUUUUUGGAAGUGGAAUUUUGAAGACUGCAUGUGGAGUUCUAUUAGCAUCGGUGGAAAGUGUCCUUUGAUACAUAAACAAUUCUCCACGGCACCUUACCACAAUACUAAUUCAGGGCUUUUAUUCUUAAAUUAUUCGACAAACAGCAACGCUUCUAAUAGUUUCAGCAGUAGUUUGGGUAGUAGUACUUCUAGCAGUAAUAGUAACAGCAAUGAGGACGAUGACUUGAAACUUGAAAUUUUUCUCUUAGACUUGCAUAAUUUAACGUGGAGCAAGCCAAUUUACACGCAUACGCUGUCACAGCAAUCACAUUCAAACGCCUUUCCGACUGAUUUCUUAAUCUUCAUCACCACCACGGCGCCUCAGACUUGUAAAUUUUUAUCCAUUUCAGAAAUUGAACUAUCAUCACUUCAUUGUCAGAGAUUGAGUUCCUGCCUAGUUAACAGUAGCAACUUUAGCCACGGGUUUUACAAUCCUAGCUUUCAGAGCCAUAGCGCUUUAGAUAUUAAUAAUGAUAUUAACACGCAAAUUACACAGUCUAUGCACAUAGAAGCUGUUGAAGCUUUGAAGAGAAAAAUUUUUAAAAGAUUUCACAGAAAUUCUCGCGAAGACCUCGUGUCUGGUAGCAAAGUUAACAUAGAAAUGAGCUAUCUAGGAGGUGAUGGGGGCAGAAAAAAAGUGGCGAAACAUUCUGAGAAUAAGAAACUUUUGCAGACUGCAACUAGUCAAACCACCAUAAUUACUAUCGAUAAUAUAAAUUCAUCACUCUCAAAUAGUGGUGCCGGCAGUGUGGUAGAUAAUAGUAGAGCCGUGGAAUAUUUCGAUGAAAAUAAAAGAGGUAUUUCGGAAAGAUUGGUAGAAUGGCGCAAUAAGAAAAUUAGUAAAAAUACUAACACCGGUAGUAAUUUAAAUGGUAAUAAUAGUAGCAACAAUAAUAAAUUUAAUAAUAGUACCAGCUGUGACCUCAUCGUUGACCUUUACAUGAUAGGGGGAAGGUUCAAAGGUCAAGUUGCUAGCUCUCCGAUGCUUUUUAAAUCAAUUUCUUUGGAUAUUAAUUAUUAA